ACCGGGUUCAAGUCGGGUCGACCCGGUCUACUCUACCAUAUAAAAACACAGCUGUUGUUUGAUUGAACUGCACUAACCACUGAACUCUGAAACUCUGAUCUAAAAUCAUCAAUGGCGAAAACGGCGUCGUUUCUUUUGCUUCCGCUCUUUUACUACAUCUUCUUCUUCUUCGUUACUACUGCUGCUGCUGAUACUAUUAUGAGUACCCAAAUGAAAGUAACUGAUAACCCUGCGGAUGAGUUAGUAGAAGUGAUUAACACUAACAGAACAGCACACAAAUCUUCAUCCCUUUACAGUAACCAAGGUCUGGCCUGCAUUGCUCUUCAGUACAUUAAAGCCUAUCAAGGUGAUUGUAAAGCAGUAGGAGGACCAAAAGCCAAGAAGCCAUUCGACUCGGAAUUCGCAGAAACUUUUGCACCAGCCUGUGGUGUUCAAGUCUCAACCCUUUCACCAAUUACAGGUCGUUUACUUGGUUGCCAGUCCAAGUAUGCAAAACCACCCAAAGCGUUUUCGGAAAUUCUUAUGGAAAACCAAAAGAGCUUAGACAUUUUGUAUAGUAAGAAUCAUACUGAAGUGGGUGCUGCUGUGUCUGGUUCAGAUGGUGGGGGUCCUUAUUUCUGGUGUGUGUUGUUUAGCAGUGGGAAGAAGAAUAGUAGCUUUGUUUUGGAUGGAGGUGUUGCUAAGGUAACGAAACCCGGCUGCUUUAGUGGCGCCAACGACGUUUGUAAUGGCGCCGAUGAUCGCUUCAGUAGCAAUCGUUUGUUAAUAUUUGUUGCUACAAUUUUGGUGGCAGUGGGCUGUGUGUUUGGAUUGUGAUCAAUGUGUUGUAUUGAUAGGCUUGAUCUUGUUUUAUUUGUUGUUUUUUGUUAUUGGAUGUAGAGAGCUAUUCAUUCUUUACAUUUUUCCUUCACGGUGUAAAAUUUAUGAGACUUUGUUUCAUUAAGGUUGAUGAGUUCUUGGUUAAAA